CUUUAUAACAUAAUGCAUUCAUCAUUUUAACAUCCCGAUAACUUUCAAGUAUUUACCUCAUGUUACACUCUUUUUAUGCUUUUUGUAUUAGCACAGCACGCACCUGUUUCGAAAAGACUGACCUCAUUACAAGGUCAACACACCACGUGCUCUACGUCACUCAUGUGUCGUCUGCUAGCAGUUCGCUGUCUUCAGAGCAGAAGUUACAAGGAAGGAUGUGUGCGGUCGGUGUAACCCAUGAAUAAUGUCAGGAAUAGCUGACAAGAGUGGCCUGGUACUAUAUUACUUCAAAGUGGAUUUACUGAUAUGUGUGAGGGAAACUGCUUUUGAAUCAUGAAUUCAAACAGUGUGGAUAUCAGCCCUGUGAGUCCUAUACGCAAACAUGAUGCAGUGUCUAUUUCAGAUUACAGCAUUUCAUUGCCUCCUCCAAACACUUGUAAGGCAAGCAGCUUACCAGAGGUAAUGCUUAAUAAUAGUUGUAAUAUAACUGAUGACCAUGAUACAUGCAAGAUGAGUUUUGAUAGAGAUGAUUCAAUGAACCACACUCCAGCUGCAUCAACAGAUGUACCUUUCAACACACCACAGGAUAGCUGCUCUGAUGUUAUACUUGCUUGCAGGAAAGCUGAAAUAAUUGAUGUCUUGGAUGAAGUUUCAAAAACAGUUACAACUUUGUUUUGCAAUGAACAAAAUGGGAUUCAGAGUAAUUCUCAAUCAAAAUGUCAGGAGAAAACUUUGGUUUCUGUGGAAACAGGUAAAGAAACAACAGAGGCUGAAAUCAAGAAAUUGAGGAGUUUGGAAACUGAUCCUGUCUUGUCUAUCAGUAUUGACAAACUCGACGAAAUGUAUUGUGAAGACAUUAGCCAGUGUGAAAUGAUCUUGUCACAGUGUGAACUUUCCAAGGAAUGUGAAUUAAUAGAUGAAAGUGCCAACAUUGAAAAAUGUGUGUUGCAGGCAAGUCCAUCACUUGGUCAUCAGAUACAUUUUGCUUGUAAAUUGGACCUCAUGCCUACAUGUGAUGAGGGCAACCAGCCUUGCAGUCCAGUUAGAGUUAAAAUGGAAGAAAUGGUAUCAAGAAAUGAUACUGAUUUUCUAAAGCAAGUUACUGAUGAGAGGGUAGCUUUUGGCAGAAAGAGCUCUGUUACUGGGUAUGUUUCAGAGAAUAACUGUUCAGAUUACAGCUCAGAUGAUCCUCAGGAUUCAGAAAUGGACAAUUAUAGCCUGUGUGAAAAUGGAGCGCAUGAAGGCAAAUCAGUUUAUCAAAAGAACAUUUAUGUUAGCCCUGAUGUUUCUUUGAACACCAGUUUCACUGCAGGCAGUGAGUUUGGGGGGAAAAUAUCUGAUGAUCACAUGAUUGGAGCAUUUGACAGGCAUCUUAUUGAAGAUGUCAAGAUAACCAUAGACAAUAUUUUAGAAAAAUGUUCAAAAGUGUGUGUGAUGGAUUAUGGAAAUUCACACACCAGCAUCAAUCAAUAUGAAGGAGAACAGUGUGCCUUAGGGAGGAACAGUUUGGAUGUGAAAACAGAUAAUGAGAGUGAAGUGACUGGCUUGUGUUCUGAUUGUACAUUACUUGCUGAAAGACUGAGAGCAGAUUCAUGCCACACAAAACCCAUUACAAUCAAUGAAGCUAAUAUCAGUCACUUGAAGACGAUCAGUGAACCCUCUGCAGAUUGCCAAGUUCCUGUGGCCAUGCCUUGUCACGAUAACAAGCACCAGGGUAUUAGAAGGUCUCAUGAAAAUCUUGCUGCAUUAGUCUUGCAUUCAUCUGAGAAUAGCACUCAUGAAACUGAGAAAUGCAUUCAAGAUUCUCUAGAGCCAAAAGAUCCUAGCAUGCAAUAUACUCAGGUGAGUAAGAACUUGUCACAAACUGAGAAUAGCUCAAGUGGGGUAUCACUGUCACCACUGAGACCAACCCUUGAGGACAGUUCCUCUGAUGAAGGUCAAAACCUAGAUAAUGAGAACUUAAGGCAGGAUGAAAAAAUACUUUUUGGAGAUGUUCAAUUGAUAAAACAAGAUUUGAUCAGUGGUAAUGCACAGUAUGAUCAAGGAGAAAUGCAGGUUCCAGAACAGUCUCCUUUAUCAAGCGAAAAUUUGACAGAUUUUCAUGUUGGUAGUGCAUUGAUAGAAGAGGGGCCCACUGUGCAUCUGCCCACUCCAUUUGAAGAAGUAGGAUUAGUUCCGCAGAACAAGGACAUUUAUAUAGGAGGAAAUGAUUUGAUGGAAGCAUACACUAACUUUAACGAUUUACAAAAUGACAAUGAAACUGGUGCCAGAAAUGUUGAAGAAAGUCACACAUGGGAUGAGUCCAGUAAACAGAAAAACAUUCAGUUUGAAAUUGUACAUUCUCAUAAAGAUGUGAAUGUUUUGUCACUUGACUCUGAUGAAAAUGGAUUUCCUUCCAGAAGCAUGACAGCGGUAUGUCCACAUAUUUUGAGAGAUGUGUCACCACUACAAAAUCAAUCUGAAGAUAAUAUUGACCUUGAGAGGUCAGAUGUGUCAACAGUUGAAACACAGAGAGGAAAUGGAUAUUUGACAUGUUCAGUCGAAGAAAGUGUAUUAUGUUGUUCCCUCCCGUGUUCAACAGAACAGGUCAGUUCUGUUCCAGAGCUAGGAUCGACAUGUUUUCCAAGAAAUCAUCAUAUACAAGAAACUUCAACAUGUUCAACAUAUUCUCGGCUAAUGAAUAACAAAGGAACCAAUGACCCUGUUAGUGGAGAAACUGAGUGUUUUUGCACUCAACAGUUUACAGCAUCAGUUUCACAAGCCAGCAUUGCAGAAUACCUGGGAGACACAACUGAGGAUUAUGGACAGGCCCCAAUUGAUCAGAUGCCUGUUCCAGGAGAGGAGGGGCUAUCGGUAGCAGACCCUGGAGAUGACCAUACCGUUCCAGCUGACUUGCAUCUGCCCACAGAUGAAUCAGAUGUAGUGAUGUAUGAAGAAAACACACUCCAAAUAAAAGAACGAGAAUGUCAGCAGGCCCUUGUUCCCACAUCACCAUGUUUCAAGUGGAAAUAUGCACCUUCAGCUAACCUUGAUGACAUAUCACCUGGACCUAAAGACUCAAAACAAUAUGAUGAGGAUUCUUUGCUGACAAUUUACCCACUGAGGACUUGUAGGAGACCAAUUAGGGUUGGACUUUCUAAACGAUUCAGAGCCAAACCACUUCAUGAGAAAUUGAAACCUUGAUCCUGUAAAAUUCUGCAAUCCUUAUAUAUCUAUAGUGUUCACUGCAGCGAAUGUUGGGAACUUGAAACACCAGUUUCAUUCAGCAACUAAGAAAUCAGCUUUGUUUAAUGAUUACUCAUGUGAUUACCAAUUAAUGAACAAAAUCCACUCAAGAUGAGCUUUCUUUCUCCUCCAAUGAGAAAAUGAAUAGGUUUCUGUUGUCAAAUAUUUGUUUGUUCUUAAAACUGAAGAUUUACGUUAAUGUUAUGACAAGGAACCCUUGACUUACUCUUUAUUUCAAAAGUAGUUACUUUGGUUAAGACAAAGUUUAUGAAUGGAAUUAAGUUUGCAGGCUAACCUUGCUUACGAUUUAUCACUUUAACAAUGUUCAAUCACUUUUGAAGGAAAAGAGAGAGACUUGUGAAACUUAAAUUCAUUUUAAGUUUAUUUGUUGUCUCUAUCUCUUGAUCUCAUUGUUUAAUGAAGAACGAUGACAUUUUAUUUAGAAAAUACUCAUUAAACAGAAUAUGGAACAAAACAUCAUAUUAUUUUACUGGUAUAUAGUUGUCACAUCCACAACACUGACCUAUUUUCACUGCUCAAAGCUAAGUGUAGCUUUAUAUGAUAAUCAGGAUGGAUAACAUUUGAGGCAAUUCACUUCAAUACCAGCACUCCAAUUCUCACAUCAGGCCCUGACUGUUGGUCUAUUUCAUCUCUCUGAGGAGCCUAGGAUAGGAUGAGUAAUGUUUCUCGCCAUGCCAGGGUUAUAGGAUAUGAGACUGAUGGGUCAAGUAUUGACUAGGUUGGAAUAAUUCCCAAGCACUCAAUUGCUUGUCAUAAGUGGGGACUAAAUUAGAGUGGUGGUCAAUAUUUGGAUGUCUACUAGGUAUACAUGCAUUUUAAUAUGUUCAUGAUUUGAUGCCUGGAUUAUGUGGGCAUGAUUGAUAUUGUGUUUGAGUAAUUGCUGAUGAGCAGUCCAGGUAUGUUUGAGUCAGGUCAUCAAACGAAACUUUAAUCAUCUGCAAACUUAGAUUUAGGAUGUAGAUCCAUCUAGGAAUAAACCAUUACCCUAUAAGUUACAAAGAGACUAGUGAAAGUUAUGGACUGGUUGUUUUGAAAUAAAUUGUGAUGGUAUGCGGUCUGUCCUGUGUACAGCACUGAGUGCAUAAGUCACAAAUUGGAUGAAGAUGAGCAAUGCUGGUUGCAGAGAGUAGUUGGAUGGGUGACUGUGUUUGGCAUCUUGACUACUGAGAGAUUCUUGGGGUUCAGUGCUGCCCCACCCUGAGGCACAAGUGGCACAUGUGGUCUCUCCUGAGGCAAGUGAGUUUGUUCCAACUGAGCCUCUGUUCAUCCAGCAGUGAAUGGGUACCCAGUAGGAUGAGAUGGUAAUGUGACUGUUAAACUUGAAGACGAGCGCCUCACAUGCAGCAUGGGUUGUAUACUUUCCAUUGAGAUAAGAAUAAAAAUCAAGUGCACACUUAUCCAUUAAUCCAUUGCCCUGAACAUUCAUUUGGUGAAUUUAUUAGUUUGAUUUAACUUACAGUUGACCAAUGCUAGAUAUUGACCCUUGUCAAAUAGUAAUCAGUGAUACCUGAAUUAACUGAGGAGUUUCUAAAGUUGUAUUUACAAAAUAAUCUGUAAAAUGUCUUUUACAAUGUUGUGCAUAGAAUUUCCAAACAUUAUGACACUUGACAGGCUAUUUCAUCUGUCCCAAGAUAGUGUAAGAAGUGAUGCUCAAUACAUUCUUCAUUGUUUAUCAUAUGCAGAACUUUCACUGAGCUACUGCACAUCUUUUUGGAGCUGAAUGACAUAACAGAUUCUAAGUGAACAAAUCAGCAGACUCAAAUGUGAUAAUGACGAAGACAGGUUGACGUAUGGAUUUAAACUUUUGUAUUCUUUCAAUGCGACAUUUCAGUAUAGAUGCUUGUACUUUUAUCACUUGCAGAGUUAGAAAUUGGCACUUGUCCUAUAGUCCUUGCCAAACUGCCCAAUAGUUAAAUUAUCAUAACGACCAGUAGUAAUUUUGCCCUUUUUUAAGGGUUUUGCUAUAUGGUAUCAUUAUAAGGACUAGUGGGCUAGCACUUUUAGUUUCUAACGUUGACUUGCUUGAUUAAUGUACUUGCAUCUGUACCAAAAUUCCGCAUUGAAAGAAUAAAAAAGAUUAAAUCCAUAAGUCAACUCAUCUUUCUUUAUACUAUAGCUUCUAAAAUGCCACUUGAAAGAUAAAUGUGAUAAUGCCACAUGAAAUGGCAGUUUAAUUCAAAACUGCUUCUACUUUUCUAAUAUUUAAUGCCAUUCAGAUAUUUUUACUGUUUUCAGUACUGAAUGGCAUGUAUAUAAACUGUAUAAUGUAAAGCUGUGUUGCCUUCCACUGGCCUCUUCAGGCGCUCAUCUUAGCUGUACCUGUGAUAGUAUUACUAUUUCAUGUUAAAUGUUAUUAUAUUAGAUCUUUGAUGUUCAUAUUUCAUAUAAUAGUUGUGUUCAGUUCUUGGAAUCACAAAUCAAAUCCAAGAGAAAAUGAAAGUGUAUUUGGACAUUCUAGUAUGACCAUGGUAUCAAACCGAUGCAUUUAUCCAAACAAUUUCUAUUAGCCACAUUUGAUUUUAUGAACUAUUUCUGGUAUUGCUGAAAUUACUCAAUACUGUCACAAUGAAAUACAUAAUUCAUUAUUUAUUAUAUUCACUGAAAGUUAUUAUAUAUGUUGUUUAACUUAUAUAAACUGUUAGAUCUAUACUGAACUGCAAAAGAAACAUCACUAUGGAUAGAUAUAUGAGAAACCUUAUUUGUCCAAACACUGUAAACAUACUUUGAGACAUAUUAAAAAGAUGAAACUUGGCAAAACUGAUCAUGA